AAGGCAAAUGGGCAAAAUGAUGCGUACCGAUGUCAAUGGUAUAAGACCCAGAAAGUCAACGGGCAACAAUUGGACUCUAGAUUCGCCUAGGACCAAAAAAUUGCCCAUUUUCAAAAUGGGCGAAAACGAUUUUGCUGUUAAUUUGCCUCACGAAAAUUUAAGCUACUAUUCACAAGUACCCAGCGCACCAAAGGUCACCACUUCGUUCAAUGAAACCGCUCCAGAAGUCAAAAAGACAAUUUCCAACCAACUGAGAAAGUACUGCGAGAAUACCACUUUGCACGGUCUAAGAUAUGUUGGUGAUACUCAACUUUCAUUUGGUGAAAGAAUAUUCUGGUUGAUCUCCUUCUCCGUAGCAAUAGGCUUCGCAACAUAUUACAUAACAAACAUCUACGACAAAUGGAAAUCGAGUCCUGUAAUCAUAAGUUUCAGCCCUUUCGAUGGCGACAUAAGCAAAAUACCAUUCCCUGCAAUAACUAUUUGCAAUAUGAAUCAGGCCAAGAGAAGCGAAGCUGAAAAAAUCCUUCGAGAAGGAUCUAACGUGGACAAAAAACUACUAGAUGACGCUUGUAACGGUAAUGCCAGCUUCGACCAAACCGAAAAAAUUUCCUGGGAAGCUCUCAGGAACUUUUUAACUGGAAAUUCGUGCUCGGAUAUGUUGAUAUCGUGCCAAUGGGGCGACGAUAAAGUCGAUUGCGAUGAUGCGUUCAACAACGAUUUAACUGACGAAGGCCUGUGUUGCUCCUUCAAUCGAUUACCACCUGAAAAGAUUUUCAGGAGCAUGAAAGAUAUAAGCAUUUUGAAUCAGACUUAUCCGAGCAACGUGUACGAUUGGCACGCUGAAAAAGGGUUUCAGGAUACUGAUUACGGGGAUUAUAUUCCGCGGAGACCUUUGGGUGCCGGAGCUCACUUGGGGCUAUCCAUAAUCCUGGACGCUCAGAUUAAUAAUUAUUAUUGUUCCUCGACUCGAAGUGUUGGGUUUAAGGUAAUGUUAUCAAAUCCCAUCGAAACUCCCAAAAUGGCAGACUUUGGAUUUUUAAUUAGUCCAGGAUUUGAGAAUAGAAUAACAGUGCAACCGGUUGUUAGGGAAGCUACAGCUACUUUAAGAGACAUAGCGAUUGAAAAAAGACAGUGCUAUUUUUCAAAUGAACGUCCCUUGCAAUAUUAUAGAACAUACACUACAAGAAAUUGCAAUUUGGAAUGUCAAUCCAACUAUACAUUGCAAAUGUGCGAAUGCAUUCCCUAUCAUUUACCAAAAAGCAGGCAAAUAAAAUAUUGUGGAAAAACUGAAAAAGAUUGCGUUGAUCAGGCGAAAAUUGAUAUGGAGACAGUGGUUGGGAAUGGUUCUAGCUGUAAUUGUCUGCCUUCUUGUUAUUCAAUUGAAUACAACAACCAUAAGUCUUUUGCUAGAUUAUCCAGACGUAUAAAUGGCGAUUUUACUGCUAUAACUUCCAAGUAUUUUGUGGAUAAUAUGGCAAUUGUUCAAGUAUUUUUUUCAAGUUCCAAGUUUACCAAAGAAUUUAAAAGCGAAUUGUAUGGAUUCACCGAAAUAUUAUCUAACGUCGGUGGAUUAUUGAGCCUCUGUUUAGGAUUCAGCUUUUUGAGCUUGAUAGAGCUAUUUUACUUUGUAACUUUGAGAGUCGUGUGCGAUAUUGCCCAACAUACGAGGAAAGUUAUUAAAAAACAGAAAGAAUCAAAUGUUAUACCGUUUUUGAAAUAA